AAAUAAGUGAAGUAUUUCCGACUCUAGUGGUUUGAACUCUACCCCUAUGGUUGAUGUCGCACGCGGAUGAUGUCACUCGCACAUGUGCCACUCGUAUACAGAAGCAUUCGAGCGUCUACUUUCCGGGACAAUGGCAAAAAGCAAAGGCAAGGCACAGAAACAGAAGAAUGUGUUUCACGUGGCAAACAGCAAGAGUGUAAAAGUAAAAAAUAAAGCCAAGUCAGUGAAAACAAAUCUCAAGAAGAUCACUGUAACCAAGGAGAAGGUGAGCACGGUCAACACUGCUUUUACAGGCCUACACAAAGAGGUGGCACAACUGAAAAAGGAUAGAUCAUCCAAACCAAAGAACCAGAUCCCCAAAAAGACAUUGAAUGCACCAGCAGAUGUAGACAAUGCUGCAGAUUUGUUCUCACAAUUGUAAUAAACCUUUAUAAAAGAAACAAAAAUGUAAUUUAUCUAUACAUGUUUAUUAAAAAAAAAAAAAGUUAACAGGCACUGGUUUAUUAACACAGACAGUUAGAAAUCAAGGAAAGGAACAAAAACCAAUUGUGCAGAAAGGCGUAGCAUUACACGUCGGUAAUCAACAAGGCACUUCACUAACUUCAUCACGCAGAUUAAUGUCAUUUAACUUUAAGGUUUGGCUUGAAAUUGGCAGUGACUUCCAGGCAGCUUAUUUGGUUGAUGUUUCCCAAUAAAUAAACUGCUUAACUAUCCUUGUAUCCAUAA